CAGAACUUUUGCACCUUGGCAAACAUGGAAACCUCUCUUCAAGAACUUGUGGCUGGAAUGCCAAUGCGCUCAGCAGCAUACAGAGUUGAUAGGGCACCUAAGAGAUACUUGACUGAUUCUGCUUGUCAAUACCGUAUUCCAUCACUCGAGGGUGCUGCAGAUUCUAAAAGGAAGAACAAGAUUAGUAAAAAAGGACAUAGUUUUGUGCAUGGAUUCCGAGAGCAUGUGAGACAUGGACCCAAGAUCUCUGAAACUGUGAAGGGGAAGUUGAGCUUGGGGGCUAGAAUUCUUAGAGUAGGUGGUGUGGAUAAAGUCUUCAAGCGGUUCUUCAGUGUUAAAGAAGGAGAGAAAUUGCUGAAGGCUUCCCAAUGCUAUUUAUCAACUACAGCUGGUCCUAUUGCAGGCCUACUAUUUAUCUCCACGGAAAAGAUUGCAUUCUGCAGUGAGAGAUCAAUGAAAAUCUCUUCUCCAGAUGGAGACAUGACAAGGAUCCAUUACAAGGUAACUUGCAAAAAAAUAUUAAAAAAUCAUUCAUUCUUGUGUGUCUCCCUCCCUGGCUCAUGCUUGCUAACAUUGAAAGUAAUAUAUAUCCAUCUGGUACAGGUCUUGAUUCCUCUGAGGAAGAUAGAGAGAGUAAAUCAAAGCGAGAAUGUGAAGAAACCUUCAGAAAAGUACAUGGAAAUAGUUACAGUGGACAAUUUUGACUUCUGGUUUAUGGGCUUCUUAAAUUAUAAGAAAGCUUUCAACUAUCUUCAGGAAGCAAUUAAUUCACAAGCUUGAGAGGAAUUGGUAGUCACUCUAGAAGCAGAAAUGCUCAUUCCCAUCUGCUUCUUACAUAUGUACAGCUAGGAAAUCUCUCGUUACAACUUAUCCACAAACCCUGACUUGAUAGAUUCAGAAAGAAUGCUACCCUCUACAAUGCUAUGUCAGAAGAGGACUCUGAUGAAAAGGGCAACUGUAAAGAAGCCAGACGAACACAGAGACAAGAUGGGGACAGGUAUUCUAAUCCUCCAGGGCCUAUGCUUAGCGGCUGUGGCAGCCAGUCUAGAGCUAGCGACUUCAGGCAGGGUUUCAACUAAAAAUUUGUUCGGAGAUCUUCAGUGGCGAGCCCGAAAAUUGGGUAGGAGAGAGAGGAGGCUGAAAAUGAAGGGAGGAAGGGAAAACUGUUAGAAAAUAAAACAGUGAAAAGAGGGAAGAGAGGUUCCAUUUUCACUAGUUGCAAACCUCAAGUUCACUUUUUGACAAGCAAACAUUGUUCUGUGAAUUAGUUUACUUCCUAUUUCAUUUUGUACUCUCCAAGUUUAACAUGUAACGAGAAGGGAUUUUUCAAAAUUCUCACUCUUUUGUUUCUUAAUUAGCCAAAGUUUAUUUCUAAUCCUCAACACACCAUCUUCAGACAUGCUAACUUUAAACUACUCCCCAUUGCGUGCUUGCUUUAUAAUUCUAAAUGGCGCUCUAUAUUGGUUCACCUUUAUUCUUUAUAUCAACUUGAGGUUCAACACUCAACCUCAAUGCCAUAUGCAUCCAAAUUCUAAAAUGAUUUGCUUCUCCGAUUCCCUAAACCAGUCAUAAACUUAAUUAGAAAAUCUCCUGCCAAGUGCAUUUACCAUUGCCUGUGCACUCACUAGACAACUCUACCAUGUUUCAUCAACAUUUAACCCUGUUGAUGCAAUUACUUCCUGUCUUCAGUCGUAUGAUUAACUUGUAAGGAUAGCACGGAUUGAGGUAUAGGAAUUUGGGAACCCUCCGAUGCUUGAGUUAGAAUGAGUGAUAAUAGUUUUGAGAAUUUAGAAUGCAGAGAGAUUACAAGACGCACUUGUCUUUCUCUUUAUAGGUGAUGAGAGGUAUGGUAUGGCGAUGUCCCUCUGAGUGCUUAUUUUCUUAUCUCUAACACGACAAUGCUUUUGAGGACUUGAUUUUGAACAUUUAAUGCAGUAAUGCCAAUGAGCGUAUGCGGUAACCCCUCCUGUCCCCGAGGCAUUUAAUGAGAUAAUGCCUACAAGGGUAUGAGGUAAGAGAAAUGAUAUAUAUAAAUUCUAAAUGUACAAGUUUUGCAUAAGUUCUUUAUAAAAAAGUAGAUUCUAUUAUAGAAAAGUGUGAAAUACUCAAUUUUUCUUGAUGGGACUAGGAUUGUACAAGACUAUUAUAUUUGCCGCUUGUAUCUAGCAUUACUCAUGCAGUAAUCCCCUAUGUGCUUGAUUUGAUUGUUAACAGGAUUGAGUUGGUGUGCAUAUCCUAGGGUUGGCAAGUCGUGUUCGUGUUGUGUCGGGUCAGAUUUUCAAAUCCUAACAUGACCCAUUAAAAUAACGGGUUGACACGACACAAUCUGUUUUGACCUUUUAUGAAUUCAUUAAAAAUAU